AUGUGGUUCGUCUGGUCUGCGGCUGCGCUGAGAGUAAUUCGACCCUCAAACCCGGAUGUAACCAACGCCUAACCUGUCCAAAGAAAAACGAUGCAAACUAUAAAAUGUGUUGUGGUAGGGGACGGUGCAGUAGGAAAGACCUGCUUACUGAUCUCCUACACAACCAACAAGUUCCCCUCAGAAUAUGUUCCCACGGUUUUUGACAAUUAUGCAGUGACAGUCAUGAUUGGGGGAGAGCCCUAUACACUCGGCCUAUUUGACACAGCAGGUCAGGAGGAUUAUGACAGGCUGCGUCCUCUCAGCUAUCCACAGACGGAUGUGUUCCUUGUAUGUUUCUCUGUCGUCUCCCCCUCAUCAUUUGAAAAUGUCAAAGAGAAGUGGGUUCCUGAAAUUUCUCACCACUGCCCACGUACACCCUUUCUGUUAGUGGGCACACAGGUGGAUCUGCGGGAAGACAGCAACACGAUCGAGAAGCUGGCGAAAAACAAACAGCGCCCCCUAUAUCCUGAGAGCGGAGAGAAGCUGGCUCGUGAGCUCAAGGCUGUCAAAUACGUGGAGUGCUCUGCUCUGACACAGCGAGGGCUUAAGAAUGUGUUUGACGAAGCCAUCCUGGCAGCCCUGGAGCCCCCUGAGACCAAAACCAAGAGAAAAUGCAUCCUGCUAUAGAUAAAC